GUGGAGGGGGUGCACACAGCAGAGGGGAAGGCACGAUACGAUGGCUACUGCAGCUUGUGUAUCAGAAACAUUACUAGGCCCAUAGGCAGAUUACACCGUCGGUACCUGCUCCAUGCAGGCAGCGGCCGUCAACAGCCAUGUCCCAGGCCGGUAUCCAGACGCUGCUUGAAUCUUGGAGCCCCGGUCGCAACAGUAAAAUAUGGAGAGUCGAGUAAUCAUGCUGGUCUUGUAUAG